AGGUCUAUUGCCAGAAUACCCGGAUGUUGCAUUCGAAAUCUUCUCGGUGUUGGAUGUUGCAGAUUAACCAAUGCUAUGCCUGCAAGUUCUUCAGAAAAUAUCGGGCAAAUUGAGGAGACAUUGAAGUCCUCCUUGGUUGGGGAGGAGAGCUUGGAUUGUCAAAUUCUAUCCUCCUCUAAACAAGUCCUCUUGCAUAAGAUUGAUUUCAAACCAGCAGAGAAGCCAUAUUCUCUGCAAGUGGACUCUUUGAGAGCUAAAUACAUACCUCUGAAUCAGUUCAAAAAAUAUUCUACUGAGCAGAAUGGCAGUAAUAAACAGAAAGAAGGUUCCAGAAUGAAUGGAGAAGGAGACGGAGACUCCCUACCAACACCAAAAGUUGUUUUGUACCCAGAGGAGAAGGUUCAGCUGGAAUGGAGGAAGAUGCAGAAAAUUGGGGCUGGUUUAGUGAACAUGGGGAAUACCUGCUUCCUAAACUCCACUCUCCAGUGCCUCACCUACACUGCUCCUCUUGUCAACUUCUGCCUUAGCAAUGAACACAGUACCACAUGCAAACAAGCAGGAUUUUGCAUGAUGUGUGAACUACAGCGCCAUGUUAAGCGUUGCUAUGAAAACUCAGGAAAUGCCAUCAAACCACAAUCUGUGUUACAGAAACUGAGAAUGAUAGCCAAACAUAUGCACUGGGGUCGUCAGGAAGAUGCUCACGAAUUCCUGAGAUAUGUGGUUGAUGCCAUGCAGCGGUCGUGUCUGAAUGGACAUAACAAAUUAGACAAAUUCAGCAAAGAGACUACGGUGGUUAACCAAAUAUUUGGAGGGUUUCUCAGAAGUCAAGUCCAGUGUAUGCGAUGUAAGGAGAUGUCAAAUACUUAUGACCCCUUUCUAGAUGUCAGCUUGGAUAUUAAGGCUGUACAGACCCUUGAAAAAGCUUUGGAGAAAUAUGUACAUCCUGAGACACUGGACAAUGACAAUGCAUACAUGUGUACAAAAUGCAAACAAAAGGUGCCAGCUCACAAAAGAUUUUCAAUUCACAAGGCUCCAAACAUAUUGACAAUUUCACUGAAAAGGUUUGACUACAACAGGUUGAUGGGUAAAGUGAGUCGCCACAUUCAGUUCCCAGAGAAACUUAACCUUCGUCCUUACAUGAGCUAUAGACAAGGAGAGAAGGUGAUGUACCAGCUGUAUGCUGUACUGGUCCAUUCUGGUUUUAGCUGUAACUCUGGACAUUACUACUGCUAUGUGAAGUCUCCUAGUCAAAUCUGGUACUGCAUGAAUGACUCUAUGGUUCAGCAAGUCAGUGCCACACGGGUGUUGUCUUGUGAAGCCUAUUUGCUGUUCUACAUUAAGUCCAAGCCUUCACAAAUGUCAUCAAAGUCUAUUCCAAGACCGUUGAACAAGGUCAUCGGUCCCAGCCUGCCUCCAAACCACACCAUCAACAAGAAAUUCAAAGUUAAUGGAGUAAUCAGUGGUCCUUGCAGUGAUGUUGGAGCUAGUGUGGCUAGAAAAAACAACAGUUCCUCAUCAUUGUCCUCCUCUACUCAGGUGCAGAAGUCCACCUCAACACAAUCUCUAAGUACUCCAUUACCUGAUAAACGCGAUCGGGUAGCUUUUGGUAUCAAACCACAGACUUCUGUCAAACAGCAAACAGAGGACAAGCCAAGAAUUGUCAUGCAAAUCAAAAAUGGCAAAGUUACCACUUUUGAAAAAUCACCAAAUGGUAAAUCAAAGAUUGUGAAAGACUCUGAUCAGAUGAAGUCACUGUUGGUACCGUAUGGUGAUGACAGCGAGUCUGAUUCGGAAAAUACCAAUAGUAUCACUAAAGGUAAGAAAACUGAAACUAAAUCAUCCAGCAUCAAAAAAGAUAUCAAAAAGAUUGGUUUGCCUUUAUUUUCCCAGAAAAAUAUCGGAAGACAUUUGGAUGAUUCUGCAGUUGUUUUUGAUAAGAAGCUAAAUGCCACUACGUCUGUACCAGGAAAUGCCAAUCUCUUGGACACCAAAGGUCAUGGAGACAGUAAAAACCAUCGACUGGAUGGUCUCAAUCUAAUGGUUAGUCCAACAAAGGAUCUGACAUUACAGUUCAGUGAAAAGUCAGCAUUCAGCCCAGGGAAACGGAUACUUGGUGAUAAUCCUGGCAUAACUUGUGUGACUAACCUGGUGCCUGCUGGGAGUUCAAAGGUCAACUCCACAACAAAUUGGCAAGUGUUCAACCAGGACUCUGCUCCAAGUCCCUCGGUUGGUUCAUCUUCCAGUCGUGACAGUGUGAACUCCACCACUGAAUGGACAGUGAUGGGCAAUAAAGACAUGGCAGUGUACCCCAAAGUGCCAGAGAGACAGUUUCCAGGAUGGAAGGUACAGGAGAAUGAAAAAUUAGGAAAUUGUUCAGAAGAUAUAAAGGAUUGUAGGCCAUCUCCUUCUUCUCCCAACCCCAGACACACUUCAGCUGGGUCUGCUGAGGAGCAUAGAAUUAUGUGCGAUAAAUCAGAUGAUUCUUGUAACACUGAAGCAAUGCAUGUGUCUAACUCUACUUCUGACAUGGUGUCUUCAAAAUCAACCACUAUGAAUCAGAUCAGUGAGGUGAUGGACGACAAAUCUGUCGAUAUAUCGGAUAAACAGAGCCUCCUUUCUGACAGCUAUGUGUGUUCAGAUGGAAAACAAUCCAUUCAUAAAAAACAUAAAAAGCGCAAGAAGCACAAAAAGGAGCACAAAGACAUGAAGUACCAAGAACUUGCGCCUGACAGCGAUAGCUCAGAACGCACAAAAAAACACAAGAAAAAGAAACACAAAUUAAAGAAGGAAUUAAAGUCUGGUGAUUAUUGUAAGGAUAGGAAGAAGCUCAUGAAUGGAGAAAAGGAGGAAGACGGACCUCGUAAAAAGUCUGAGAGCGAGUCUGAGGACAGCCAGGAGUUUGUAUGGGUAGAGAAGACUAAGGAUUCUCUCAAAGGCCCCAGUGGAGAUGAAAAGACAGGUGAUAGCAAAGCUCCUGUACAAAGCUGGGAUCAUCACAUCAAAGAUGGUUACAAACGCCCCAAUAAUGGUCCUGGUGGAGACGCUCGAUCUGGUCAAUACUGGGAUGGUACGAAGAAGGCACGGGUAGCAGAUGAGCUGGAAAAAUCCGCUCACCAUAUCUACGGCUCUUCAGUGGCAUCCUGGAAUGGUGGCAAAAGUUCUCUGGACCUAGAUGCUGACCGUGAGAGGGAAAGGAAACGUGCAUGGUCAGAUGCCUAUGAUGAAGAAUUUGACCGAGGAAAGGUGAAGAAAGUUAAAAAGCAUUAUGCUGACUUUGACUUUUUACCCAAUAACAACUUCCAAAAGAUGCAAGAUGAACGCAAUCAAGAUAGGAACAGAUGGAAAGGGUCAUAUGACGGGAGUUCCUACUAUAACAAUGGCUACAACAAUGGCACCAAUGGGUCUCACCACAAACCUUCCAAUGGUCCUCACUUUCACAGUCAUCAUAGUGAACAUCGACACCGAGACCGAGACAACAGUCGCAGCUACUUACAGCACAGCAGUCAUUCAUCAGCCAAAUACAACAAGCAUUGACAGCAGUUGAUACCAGAUCUCGUUAUGGAUUUCUCUCCUGCAAGGUUGCACCAGACUUUGCCUUUGAUUUUGUUUUCAUUGCCAAAGUCCUACCAGAUCUUGCCUUGAGCUGGUAUCUAGCAAGGUCAUAACCAGACUGCCUUUGAUGGUCCUCCAAUAAGUUUGCUUAGGAUUGGUCUCACGUUCUCUGGGAUUUUUUUUUUUUUUCAAAUCAGAUUAAAUUGAUGUUUUGUCUUUGGACAUGAAUGUUUGAAUUAGAUGGAAUGUGUAAUCUAUUUACUUUAGGAAAGUGUUACCUGUAGAUGGCAUUUGUAUAUUGAUGGGAAAAGUGCAAAUAUAGUUAAUGAUUGUCCGAGGUGUGUUGCCAGGAAAUGGACAACUGUAGAGCAGUUAUUAUACUGGAAUGUUUGACUUGGUACAACAGAUGUGAUGAUCUGUCAACAUUUAUAUUUGUAGAAUAUAUGAUAAGCAUGUGUGAUUUUCUCAGUCAUGAGUUUUAAAAAUGUGUAGAUGUUAUUGCUUACAGUUAAUUAUUUAUACUGAACUGAAUAGUUUUUAUUUUUAAGUCAGCUAAUAUACCAAGAGAGACAGAGAGAGAGAGAGAGAGAGAGAUUAUAUUUUGAUGUCUCUGCUGUGCUGAACAUGUCUUGUAAGUUAAUGCUUAAUUAUAGUUUUGUGUUUAAAUUUGUGUCAGUUUGCGCUGCUUGAAAACACUAUAGGUGUCAAAAUACUAUGGUUACCUGUCUAUAAAUACUACUGUUACAUCAUGGUUAAGUCCAUUUGUACUUCUGUUCAAGAAUUGUUUGGACAUCUUUUAUCAACUUAAUGAAUGAUAUAUAUCAUGCAUGUGAUUUGUCAAAGAUUUCAGCUACCGAAACCAAAACCUAGAAUCUAAGCUAUUAACAAAGUUGAUAUUUGCUAUCUGAAUAUGGUUCAUAAACAUAUCAUUUACUGUACUAUUAUCAAGGCUUGUACAAAAUUAAUGUAUUUGAGAUCAUGUAAUGUUAAUUAAACAAGAACCAGUUGUAUCAUGAUACACAAUUCAUACUUUACUACGUGUUUAGUGAUUUUAGAGGGAUUACUGUUUACAGAUAUUAUAAUCCAUUGCAAAAUGUAUAUUUCAUUUUGUGGGAUAUUCUACACCCAAGGAUGGAAUGUCCUACACAACUGCACACUAUGACUUGCUUUCUCUUCAAAAGAUUUUCAUUAAACCCAACAUUGCAUACAUUUGCCACACUAAACAUAGCAAAAUAUCUACAUCCAGAUAAAUUAAUGCCAUAUUUGGAGAGAGUGGGAAAGGAAGCAUGCAAUGUCAUUAAAGAUGGAUUCCUGCAUUUUGCACUCAA